GAGAACUCUAUGGUCCUCUGCUCCCCUCCCAUUGCCUCCACCCACGCACACAAACCUCUCACAUUGGUUAUGAUGAGAGGAGGGGAGGUCUUGCAGUUACACUGGCCAGGUAGGCAGGAGGAGCAUCGAGCGCAGCACUUUAAAAAGGAAGUGUUACUAAAUUUGGGGUUAAUAACUAAAAUCAAAGGUGUGUCACCUACCUAUCAAUGUCAACCUUUCCUCCCCAAGUUUGCCACAAUGCCAGAACCGGACAGGUAUCACAGAAGGGAUGAUUACCGCCAUAAAAGCAGAGACAGAGAAGACUCUUCUUACUACCCAAGGGACGACGAGCGACAAUAUGAGAGGAGAGAUGGGAGAGACCAAAGGACUGAGAGGAACCACAGGGAUAGGACUCACGCCGACAGGAACUAUUCUGAGAAGGAGAGGGAUGCCUACCCUCAUUCUGACAGCCACUACCAUGACUCUCAUCAUGGCCAAGAUCACCAGGGUCAUCCAAGACAGUAUAAUGAAAGUCCCAUGUCCUCCCUCAACCAGUAUGAGCCACCACAUGAAGAGGCAAUGUACAACUUCAGAUACAUGGCGACUUCAAGAGGAAUCUGUCAGGUAGGGGAGGCCUUCCUCAACCUGUUGAUCAUCAUCUGCGCCGGGGUUUCCCACGCUACCGCCGGGCAGUACCGUGACCUGGCCAGCCUGGGUGGCAUCUACCACUACUACUUCGGAGGUGCCAACGCCUUCACCGGAGCGGAGGCCGAGCGGGUGAAGCUGCUCGACAAACAGUUCUACGAGCUCAAGCUGCCCCCUUACAUAUUCAGCAUGGCCGCCGGUGGGGCGCUGAUGUGUUACGCCCUGGCCAUGCUGGCUCUGGGCAUCUUCCGCGUGCCGUUCCGUUGGCCGGUGGCCCUGCUGGUGGAGGCCAUCUUGAACGGGCUGAUCGGACUGGGCUACAUCCCCGCCGUGGCGUUUUACUUCAUCAAGCUUCAGGAGACCUACAACCACCCCAUUUGUAAGGAGAGGGAGAAGCUGUACAAGAGCAAAAAUCACCAAGGCUUUGAAUGUGCCUACCACGGGGCGGAUAUCGCUGGAGGCCUGUUUGGGGUGCUGGGGGUGAUCAUUUUCCCUCUUGGUGCACUGCUGGCCGUCAAGGCUUUCAGGGCAGUCAGAGAACGCAAGAAGCAGAGGGAGCUGGACAACAACCAGUUGUAGAAGGAGGUCCUGCUUGUAGACGAAGAAUACACCAAGCUAUCUGUUACUGGAAAUUUAACACACACAUGUGAUGGACAGAAUAUACUGUAUGUUAAACUACACACACUACAUUCACAUUAUACACAUAUCAUUACAAUAUUGGAGUUGGAGAACAAUCAGUUGUAAAAGGAAGUCAUUCUCCAGCACAUCUGUUUACUGUAGACAAUUGAACAAGAAAACACUGAGCAACAUAUCUGUUACUGGGAAUUUGACACUUACAGGUGAUGGACAGAAUAUGAACAUUUAACUACACACUACACAUUGCAAACCAUUACACAGUUGCUACGUUUACAAGAAACUUUUCAUUCUGAAUUAACUGAAUAAAGCUUAAUUCUGCUUUGAAAAUGUCAUGUAAACACCUCUUAAUUUGGAAUUAAAGGACAGAUCAAAGCAAACUCAACAGAGCUAUUUAAUUCUGAAUUAUUAAUUCAGAAUGAAAAACAUCAUGUAAACGUAGUGAGUUAAUGGAGUUUCAAUUUCAUAUCUGCAAUACAGUGUGAGCCACACCAUUUGUUUUGAAAGGUCAAGAAGUGGUAUUUACUCCUUAAGUCUUGUUACAAUCUUGAGGCCUAAUGAUUUUCAACUCAGUUUCUGACUACCAUUUAUGUGGAUACUGUAUCAGUUUAAAACUUAACUUAUGAACUGUGAAGACACGUAGGUUACAUGUGUGCUGAUAAUAUAUGUUUUAUAGUUUUUUAUAUGUACAAACUUUCACUUUUAAUAUUGUUAACAUGUCAUUUUUUAAAACUCUCUCUUCCAAAUGUUUUUUUUACUUUUCUUAACUCGCAUAUUGAACAUGGCAUAGCUGUACCAAAACAAUACCAUAAAGAUUUUUAUAAACUGGUUAAACACAAAUAAUCCAUUGUCUUAAACGUUUAUUUCUCUGCUAGCGGAUA